UGGCCAGGCACCCUCCUUGCCUGCCAAAGCAAGGCAGAGGCCCCUGGUCCGUUGGGAUGAGCAUGUACUUUCCUUAUCUCUCCUCUUCCAGAGCAUGACUUCAAAUAUCUCUGUCUAAGUUCAGGGCUUUAGAUUCCGUUAUAUUCUGCGACCACUAGUAUACGUUUCUCUGGAAAUCCUCAGCGAUGGAGUUCAUGAAAAAACGGAAGCUCGAGGAAGACGGCGCCGUACCCGACCCAUCCUUUCCCACCUCACUGUCGCUCGAAGAUGCACGCAAAAUCAUCGAGCCCUUCACCCGCGAUCAGCUUCUCGACAUCGUCCAGAACGCCGUCCUGCAUCACACGGACGUUCUCGGCGCUGUACGUUCUAUUGCCGACCGGGACACGACGCAGCGGAAGCUUUUCAUUCGCGGUCUUGGUGGGGAAACUACCACGGAUAAGCUUCGUGCUCUCUUCUCCACAUACGGCGAGCUUGAAGAGGCUGUGGUCAUCCUCGAUAAAGCUACUGGGAAGAGUAAAGGUUACGGCUUUAUCACCUUCAAACAUAUUGAUGGAGCCGUGCUUGCUCUAAAGGAGCCUAGUAAGCAAAUCGAUGGUCGAAUGUCUGUCACGCAGCUGGCAGCUACUGGAAUGUCGGGUGGACCCGGGGCCGGGAGUUUGAAUAAUCCCGUGGAUAUAUCCUUGAGGAAGAUAUAUGUUGGGAAUGUGCCCUAUGAUAUGCCCACCGAUAGAUUGUUGCAUCACUUCUCGGGUUAUGGAGAGAUUGAGGAAGGGCCACUAGGGUUUGAUAAAGUUACUGGGAAAUCUAAAGGUUAUGCUCUAUUUGUGUAUAAGACAGCAGAGGCAGCAAGGGCAUCAGUGAUGGAACCUGUCAAGAAUAUUGACGGGAAGCAAUUACACUGUAAAAUGGCUAUUGAUGGAGGAAAGAAAGGAAAUUUUGGACCACCCGGACCAGGAGGAGCUCAGGUUUCAAGGGAGGGUUUUGAUAAUAAUAAUGGUUUAGGAAUGCAGAAUGGUAUAGGAGCUCAUUAUGGAGCUCCAGGAGGGGUUGUUUCAGGUGCCGGCCAAGGGGGUUUUUUCCCGGGUUCCGGAGGUUUCUCUGGAGCUAUGGGUGUGCAUGCUCAUAAUUCAACAUUGGGUGGUGUGGGUGGGACUGGUUUUAACUUGGGUGGCCCAGGAUUGCCAACUCCUGGCAGUCAAGUGGCAGUAUCCCCUAUGGGUGGUCCUACUAGUGUUCCUUACAGCAGACCAAAUUUCAGCAUUGGUGGUGGUUCAACUGGAUAUGCUGGGUUUAGCAACCCUACUGGUGGGUUAGGUGGAAGCACAAAUGGAUAUGCACCCCCUGUGCCUGGCAGUGGUGGACCAGGUGCUGCCAUUGGCACAGGCUCUUCCUCAUAUGGGUUACCUCAAAGCAAAGCCGGAGGAGAUUAUCCUUCUCAAGGUAUGCAUUACAACUUGCCUUCAUCUGGAAAUCAAAACCAACACAAUCAACCAGCUGGGGCACCAUCACUGCCUAGAGGCAUGCCCGGGGCCAUGUACCAAGGGAUGCCUUCUUACUAUUGAGAGUGCUUAUUAAGAUGCAAAUGGAUGCUUAAAGCUGUUUGACAACUUGUCGGCGCAAUUGAUUUUAUUGGUUCUGCGGUGAAUGCUGGCAAUUUGAUAUCUGGCUUGAUGCUUUUCAUUUGCAGUGUACUUUGGCAUCAUCUUGACUUCAUAUGCGCUUAUGAUGUGAUCCUUUGUAAUUGUUAAACUUUCAUAUAGAGUAGUGCUCUGUCUUGUAAGGAGCCCAUCCUCCUUCCAAAGCUUCACUUUUGUAACUGCACUUUAUGAGUUUUGUCUUCUAAGUACUUUAUCAUAAUAUGAAUGGCUGCU